AUGAUGGAACAGAAAAAUGCCAGCUCUUUCACUGGAUUCAUCCUACUGGGUUUCUCUGACAGGCCUCAACUGGAGUUAGUCCUCUUUGUAGUUCUUCUGAUUUUCUAUAGCUUCACUUUACUGGGAAACAUGACUAUCAUUGCACUGUACCACUUAGACCCAAACCUUCACACCCCAAUGUACUUUUUCCUCUCCAACCUAAGCUUCCUGGACCUAUGUUACACUACUGGUAUUGUUCCUCAAUUCCUGGUUAAUCUCAGUGGAGCUGACAAAUCUAUCUCCUUUGGUGGCUGUGUGGCUCAGUUGUAUAGCUCUCUUGGGUUGGGAUGUACUGAGUGUGUAUUGUUAGGAGUCAUGGCAUUUGACCGCUAUGCAGCUGUUUGCAGGCCCCUGCAGUACACUGUGAUCAUGCACCCUUGUCUCUGUGCCCUCCUGGCUUCUGCUUCAUGGAUCUUUGGUUUCUCCAAUUCCUUACUGCAGACUGUGCUGACCUUCCUUAUACCACUCUGUGGGAAAAAUAAAUUAGACCACUUUCUUUGUGAGAUCCCUGCAUUAAUUAAGCUUGCCUGCAUUGAUACUUCAAGGACUGAGGCUGAAAUGUUCUUUGCCAGUGUCAUUGUUCUUCUCAUUCCUGUUGCAUUGGUCACCUUAUCCUAUGGUCAGAUUGUUAGUGCCAUCUUAAGAAUAAAAUCAUCAGCUGGAAGGAGAAAAGCCUUUGGCACCUGUGGAUCCCACCUCAUAGUGGUCUCUCUGUUCUAUGGCACAGCCAUCUAUGCUUAUCUCCAGCCCAGCAACAACUACUCUCAGGAUCAAGGCAAGUUUACCUCUCUCUUCUACACUGUCUUUAUACCCAUGAUCAAUCCCCUCAUAUACACACUGAGGAACAAGGAUGUAAAGGGAGCAAUGAAGAAGGUGUUUCUGAAAGUCUAUAGCUUCAGAUGA